AACUGAAUAAGAAUUUAGUCUUAGGGAAAAUUAUUAUAAUAUAAAGAAAUUUUAAUUCUCAUUAUUAUUUAUUUAAGAUUUUUGCUAUAUGAAAGUUUCUGAUAUUUGCAUCAAUUCAUUGCAACACAGUUUAACCUUUAGAACAACACUUAAACCAAUCUCUGAUUGCAAAUCUGAAGACAAGGAUUACUUCUAACAAGCAGAUCUGAAAUGGACAAGAGAGAAACCUCAAAAAAUCUUUCUGUUUUAUCUAAAGAACUGGAAAAUAUCGUCUGAAAUUUAACACGAGUUUUAAAAAAAUGUAAAUACUGAAAAAAGUUUAAAACAAACCUGCUUGUGGUUAAAAAAGAUCUGAUAUAGAAACAACAUGAUUGUUGAAAGUGAAAUUUUACCAGGAAACCGUCACAAUACGUCCGUAGCAGCAGAAGUCGUUGACCACAUUUUAAAUUCUGCGGAAAAAAUCGAAUGCUAUCAGCACCUUGAGUCGGAAAUUCGCAAUAAAGAGCUAGAAGAUGGAUACGUGUACUGUAAUGCGACGUGGGAUGGUUUAUCCUGUUGGCCAGUAACAUCUGCCGGUAACGUAGCUUACGUCCCCUGCUUUGCAGAAUUUAAUGGAGUUCACUAUGAUACGAACAAAAAUGCCAGUCGGUUGUGCCUCGAAAAUGGAACCUGGAUGCCCUGGUCUAAUUAUCGGUCAUGCCAACCUCUACAACUACAUGAACAUGAAUUCCUACAGGUGCUGUGGGACAUGAAAGAGGCUGCCACUAUUUACUACGUCGGAUACGGCAUCUCUCUAGUUGCUCUCAGCUUGGCUCUUUUUGUGUUCUCUCACUACAAGGAUCUGAAAUGCUUGCGUAACACCAUUCACUCAAAUUUAAUGGCCACGUAUCUUCUCAUUGAUAUUACUUGGAUACUAACGGCGACUCUGCAGUCCAACCCAAAUCCUUUCACUGCCAAGGUCGCCUGUUUCCUGGUCAUUUUAUUGACAUACCUUAUGGGCACUAAUUUCUUUUGGAUGCUAGUAGAAGGACUGUACCUCUACAUGCAAGUGGUUAAGACAUUCUCUAUAGAGAACAUUAACCUGAAGAUUUAUGCUGCUAUAGGUUGGGGAAUUCCAGCAAUCAUUGCCGCUGCCUGGGCUAUCACUAAAGUAUUGGCUAGUGGGACACCUGAUGGCCCUUUAACUCAAAGUAGCUGCCCUUGGCAAAAUAAAGAUUAUUACGACUAUGUUUUUAGCUGCCCGGUAAUGGUGGUAUUGCUGAUCAACAUAUUCUUUCUCACGAGGAUCAUGUGGGUCCUAAUAACAAAACUACGUGCCUCGAAUUCAGUGGAAUCGAGGCAAUAUAAGAAAGCUGCUAAAGCCCUCCUCGUUCUCAUUCCUCUGCUCGGUGUCACAUACAUCAUCGUCAUAGCAACCCCCAGCGAUCCAGUCGCAGAAGUGGUCUUCAUUUACAUACAAGCCACCUUCUUGUCAAUACAGGGGUUUAUGGUGGCGAUUUUGUACUGUUUCUUGAAUGGAGAGGUCCAGAAUUCUUUAAAGCAUCAUUUCGGUCGAUGGAAGACUCAGAAAUCUAUCGACAGAUCGAGAAGCAUCUCGUUAUGGCAGUCCCGUGCUUCUCAAAGACAAAACAGCAAGAGGACAGUGAGGCAGGGGACUGUUUCAUCAAUGGUCAAAUUCACGAACGACUCCAUCAAGACUAAGAGCGUCAAAGGGUCACCAGAUAUCCGAAACAUGGUGUAAAAACGAUACUUUUCACUGUGAUGGGAAUUUGAUUUUACUGUCGUGAAGUUGAUUUCAUAAAUUUUGGUGAAUCCAGAACGAUUAUUUGGUAACUUUACAUUUGCAAUGAACAUUGAGACAGUUGCCAAAUUUACUUGACUCCAAAGUCAACAGGAAACCAAAGACUGUCGCCCCUGGAAAUCGUAUCUGAAGCGAAGUAAAGUAGAGUUUACAUUCAGCCCGAUACAAUCCAUUCAGUAUCAGAAACUGUACAACAGCAGGUACUCGUUCUCAUCGAGACAAGAACUUCUAUUAAGGUCGUGCUUCUACUGUCCUCAAUUUCACAGCAUACGCAAUCUUUCUUCUGCGCAUGCGUGACUUACUGGAAUCUUACAACUGGUUGAGUGUAAACCCGCCUUUAUUUCGGAAGGAAUUGUGAUUUGUCUUUCAGUUUUCGGAAGUGUAAAAGAAUGCAUUUCAUUCAUCGUGAAAAAAUGAAAAUUCAUUCUAAUAGUGCCAUUUAUGAAGUAGUUUGAAA